GUUCUUUUAAAAAGGAAUUUUGAUUUUGUAGGAGCACUCACACAAGUGUCCUUGAGUCCUUCACUCUAAAUUUUUCUUUUUUCUUCCCCCCAACUUUUUUUUUUUUGUCUUUUGUUUUUGCAUAAUAGGCCCAUUUCCUGUUUCAAAAAGUGACUCAACUCUUCAAAAAAGCUAAAUAGAAAAAAGACAAAACAAAAAUAAAAACAGGCUGCAGCUUCAAAUUUUGCUCGAGUGGAUUGAAGAAGCAGAUCCCACGAGAGAUGAGAAAAGGUGCUCUGACAAUUCUAUUUCUUCCCUUGGCAUUAGGCCUUUGCAUGGGACAUAAUUUGUGAGUAAAGCUUCCUCAAAAGCCUACUCUUUUUUCUUUUUUUUUGUCUUUGUUCAAAAGAGGCCUAACGUAAAACGAAUGUCGAGAACGAGACUCACAUUACGAAUGUAAGGAUAAAUGCUCUACCAGUGAAGCUAUAAGUCCCGUGAAGUAGAAAAGCUUUACAUCUCUACCAUCCUCCAACUUACAUGCCUAAAACCUAAUUUGUGUCAAAUUUUGGGUCUGAUUUUCUUUUUGGGUGAACAUUGUUAUUAUAUGAAAAUACGGCCCAUAAGAUAGCCCACCAGGCCAAGUGACGAGCUAAGCCCACAACAAAAUUCACACAUCAAAUCAAAGCGCGAUUUUCGCACCGCAAACCGCAGCUCAAAACGCGGCAGAGCAGAGGAAGACGAACGAAAAAACGGACGAUGCCUGAAGAGAAGCAACCGGCGAUGACGAAAUGCGAUCGGCUGCAAAACGCAUUGAUGGAUUGCCACAGGCGGAUUGGGCCGGGUCUGGCUCGCGAGGCGGCGUGCCGGCACUUGAACCGGGGUCUGGCGGAGUGCCUGGUGUCAGUGGCGUGCCCGGAGGAGUGGGAAGCGGUUCGGAGCCUGUGCGGUAGUGGAGGAACGAGUCUGAAGCGGUCGCAGUGCCAAGAGGCUCAGCUCUCGCUCUCAGUCUGCCUCUCCUCUCACCAACACCAACGCAACAACCCAAAUGCAGAAUAGAAGAUAUAUUUUUUUUUUACUUUUUAUUUUGUUAAUAAUUAGGAUGCAUAAUACAAAAAUGUAAUUUUGAUGGAUGAAGCUUUUAUUUUUAUUUUGUGAUUGGUUCAUUGGAUUAAGCUCACACAGUAUAUCAAAGUUUGUGUUAAUACAACGUUUUGAAUAAACAAGGUUACAAGUAAAUGUUCAUUGCCUUGUAAUAAUCAAGUGGUUAAAUGAAUUUCUAAUUGGCCUAAAUUUUGCAGAAAUGAUUUUUGAAUGAUUUCGGAUUGUGAAAUCGCACUGUGGAGUAGGCAACAACAAAAGAUUAAUGCCAUAUUAACUUCCUAACCGAUUAGCGCUUUCGCGUAAAAUCUGAUAACGCACUCCUUAAGAUUGGCAAUCAAGAGUUUUACAUAAUGGCACAAGACAGAUGGUCCGACAAACGAGCUUUACAAAUAGAUGAAAACACACAACC